ACAAUCUGCUGAAUGUUACAGAUAACGCGAGAUUUCUAUACGUCUUUCAUAGGACGGAUUACUCUUAACCUCUAGCCUACUCAUACGUUCAUCAUAUUUUACCACUGCCGGAAAAGUUUUUGGAUUGAAACAAUGCUUCUAUUCUCCGUCGUCGUCGUCUCCAGUUUUCUCUGCUUGAGCGCAGGAUUCCCGCACGGGGCACCGUCCAUCGCAUGCAAGGGAAUGGUGCCCGGGCACCUUCCGACCGUAACUUCCGGCGAAAACCCCUUCCGGUUCAACUUGUCUUCGAACGCAUACAAACCCGGGGAGACUAUUCAAGGCACCCUAUAUGCGCCAGGCCAGAUGUUCAAAGGAUUCCUGAUCGAGGUUGGCGCUGAGAACGAUGUGUCCAGUGAAGAGACGGCCGUGGGAGAAUUCAUUAAUCUAGACGCCUCUAUCGAGAAACACGUCUGUGGAACGGCUGCGGUGACGCACAUCAACAACAAUGAGAAGUCGAGCGUGUCGUUCACGUGGAAGGCUUCACCAGACGCCAAGGGGACGCUGUAUGUGAGAGCGACUGUUGUGCAGCAGUUUUUCCCAAGCCGCUAUUGGUUAGGAGCUUUCUCAGUACCUCUCAACCCCUCGAAGUAACAAGGGAUGAAAUCGAGGCCACACCAUGGGGACUACUGUGUACUGAAUGCGAUUUACAACAAGCUUAUAAGCACUUUUAAAAUGUGUACAGACUGCAAUAAGAAAACGAAACAUUGGAACGUUGGAUAUAUAAAAACAUCACAUUUAAACUGUCUGUAAAGUUUACCACUUGUACCACGAACGUGUAAACGGAAGAAUUAAGUAAACGAUUUGUAAAAAAAGUAAAUGUGAGAUGAACUAACUUGGAUUUUGAGAUAAAAUGCUAUAAAACACGCUUUUUGUGUGAAAUAAAACUCUUAACCUGAAAUGUAGCAUUUUACUACUAUGUUUACUACUUCAAUAAAACAUGUUAACUAAAAUAUACAUAAAUGAAUAUUU